ACUGAAAAUCCCUUUCGUCUAAAAUCAUUCAUUAGUUGAUCUUUCGUCAGUACAUUGAUUGUAACAAAUUUACGAUAUAUAUUUUGUGAUAAAAUAAUAAUGCUUUUCGUACAAUAUCUGAUAUGACUCAAUACAUCUGUGAUUCGAAUUAGGUUGACAUGUAAAUUUGAAUGUAACCGAAAUCAUCAUAAAAUUUGGUAGCACAAACCGCGUUCGCCGGGUUUUGUUGGAAUUUCCGGCUGUGCUGCGCUCGACUCUUGUCGUUAAGGCCGGUUCCUGUAUUUUGGCUGUCUUCGCCUGUCUCACAAAUUUCACAAAAUGGCUAAGCCCCGGGUUUACUUCGAUAUGACUGCUGAUGGUGCUCCUCUCGGACGCAUCGUCAUGGAGCUGCGGGCGGACGUUGUGCCCAAGACUGCGGAGAACUUCCGCGCCCUGUGCACAGGCGAGAAGGGUUUCGGUUACAAGGGCUGCUCGUUCCACCGUGUCAUCCCCGACUUCAUGUGCCAGGGCGGUGACUUCACCAACCACAACGGAACCGGCGGCAAGUCCAUCUACGGCACCAAGUUCGAGGACGAGAACUUCACCCUGAAGCACACCGGCCCCGGCAUCCUGUCCAUGGCCAACGCCGGCCCCAACACCAAUGGUAGCCAGUUCUUCCUGUGCACGGUGAAGACCUCCUGGCUGGAUGGCAAGCACGUCGUCUUCGGCAGCGUCGUCGAGGGCAUGGACGUGGUCAAGAAGAUUGAGAGCUACGGCACCUCGUCUGGCAGCACCAAGAAGAAGAUCGUCAUUGCCGACUGCAAUGAGCUCAAGUAAACGCCCGAUGCCACGGUGACGACGAUGGUCGCCCACUCGCGCACCGAGCGAGUCCCAACUUUGUAUCAGCGCUGCCAAUAGCGAUCUUUCUCCUGGAUCUCUGAUUUUCUCGCUGGAUAUGGCGACUUUUUGUGAAUUUCGUGACGUUCUGGCGAUGUUUCCUCACGUUCGUUCGUGUCAAUUAGCAUCUGUUUGGCGAGAUAGUACCGCGACAUUCGCGACUCCGCACUGCAGAUGCGGUUAUCCGUCAGCAAUUCUUCUGCGCGGUGGUUCGUGUGUUUUGUGAUUGUUUUGGCUGCGAGGUCGCGCAACGCGUGAUCUGCACUGUUUGUCCCCGCUCGUGAUUGGUUGGCAUUUUGUGGUCGCAUCUUUAGGCACGCCGUGCACUGCGGUUGGAGCGAUAUCUGUCCUGUUUUGCGGGCUUUGUCCUGCAGUCUAUUCGAAACAUUCUGUGACAUUCCUGAUAAUGUAGCCGGUGUUCGUAGAAAACGACGCACGCAGUUUUGGAUGUUCUCGGAAAUACACUGCUUCGCUUUC